AUGUCACAUGAAUCACAUCAUUCGGAGGGCAUGGCGACAAGCGGGGAAGUGCAUGAAAUUCGAGAAGAAGAGCCUGAAAUCGAAACUAUGCAUAUUGAAAAUAGCGUAGAGGGAGAAUCAGGACGGCAAAGAACAGAGAGUACAGCUAGUGUGAAUUCGGAAUCCUGGCAAAAUAGUGAUGAAAUGAUGAUGAAUAUGCGGCGAGCACAAUCACUACUCGAUCAAGGAGCCAGCUGUUUUCAAAUUAUUCAACAAGUUUUCCCGGAAUUUGAUGCUUCUCGGUUUGAAAAUAUGUCUGAGCGAGUGCACUUCAAAGUUCUCAGCGAUCUGCUCGAGCGUGCUCCAACGCGUCAGAAGCUCUUCACAUAUAAUUCGCUGUCUGACGCUGUGGAUUUGUUCAGAACUCGAAAGAAUAUCCUUGUACUAACUGGCGCCGGGGUUUCCGUUUCGUGCGGUAUUCCCGAUUUCAGAAGCAAAGACGGAAUCUAUGCGCGUCUUCGCAGCGAGUUUCCCAAUUUGCCAGAUCCAACUGCGAUGUUCGAUAUUCGGUAUUUUCGGGAUAAUCCGGCGCCGUUUUAUAAUUUUGCAAGGGAAAUCUUCCCCGGCCAAUUCACUCCAUCCGUCUCCCAUCGCUUCAUCAAACAACUGGAAUCGUCUGGCCGCUUGCUUCGUAACUACACCCAAAACAUUGACACCCUGGAACACCAAACAGGAAUCAAACGAGUCGUCGAGUGCCAUGGAUCAUUCUCAAAGUGCACUUGCACAUCGUGCGGGAAUCAAACAGAUGGAAUGGAAAUUCGUGAAGACGUGCUGGCAAUGAAAGUGGCUCGGUGCAAAAUAUGUCAUGGAGUUAUCAAACCGAAUAUUGUUUUCUUCGGAGAAGAUUUGGGAAGAGAAUUUCACAGACAUGUCACUGAAGAUAAGGAUAAAGUGGAUCUGAUUGUGGUGAUUGGAUCGUCGUUGAAGGUUCGACCAGUGGCUCUGAUUCCUCAUUGUGUGGACAAGAACGUCCCUCAGAUUCUAAUCAAUCGGGAGAGCCUACCACAUUAUAAUGCGGAUAUCGAAUUGCUGGGAAACUGUGAUGACAUCGUCAGAGACAUCUGUUACGCACUCGGGGGAUCCUUUGCGGAGAUGAUUGCCAGCUACGAUGCUUGUGUGGAACGAUCACCAAGCACCUCUCGAGCGAAACGCCAAUUGAUCACACAGCAAGAAUUUCUGAAUAUUUGCGCUCAAGAACGACGAGAUAAGACCCCAGUUCCGGAGCCAGAAUCUUCCGAACCUAGUACAAAACGACCCAGGAUGUCGACGACAGAGGAUAUGGAGGGGAAUCAAUUCCAACAGAUUCAGAAACACACGUCAUCAGAAGAUGACGAUGAGGAUAACACCAGGAAUUCAGAUGAAGUGUUAAGAGAGAUCAAACAUCCACGACUGAUCAGUAUUACGGAUAUGUUGAAUGAUAAAAAGUGUGUGGCGAUCUCCGCUUAUCAAACCGUUUUCCCGGGUGCCGAGUGCUCAUUCGACAUGGAGACGUUGAAAUUGGUCCAUGACGUUCCGCAUCGAAACAGGCAUGAAUCAGACAGCUCCUGUGAAUCCUGUUCUACAGUACCGGGAUCGGAUAAAUCUGAGGCGAACCCAUUGUCGAGAUCUCAAUCCACGGAUGAUAUUGUAUAUGCGGAGAUCCGCCGCAAAGAAGUGUUCCUGGACCUCCAACGGUGCGAUUCGUGUGACAACGAUUUGCAGUACGAGCUAUCGGACCCAAUCGACCCGGAGACGUUUGCCAAGCGUAUUGCGGAUAUGUGUAUUGAAUAG